GCCUGCUGAUUCUUUUUCUUUGUUAGCGAUGUAUGAGGUAGCCUUCUAGUUCUCUCCUGUUGAUCUGGAUCAAUCACAGAUGCCAUGAUCACCCCAGAGCUGCGUGAGUCGAGGCAUGGUAACCGGAUAUGCAGGCCAAUUCACAAAUUGAAAAAAGGCUGGAUGUUACACCUUUGUAUGUAUCUCUUGCUCAUACUGACCAUUGCCAUACUUGCAACAAAACUUUCAAAGUGUUCCCGAACUAUGGCAUGUGAGGAUGAAUGGAUUGGAUUAAGAAAAAAGUGUUUCUAUUUUUCCAGUGAUACCAAAAAUUGGACAGCCAGCAAAAGAUUCUGCAGUUCACAGGGAUCAGAACUUGCUCAUAUUGAUACACGAGAGGAUAUGGAUUUUUUGAGGAAGCAUGCAGGAACUUCUAUGCACUGGAUCGGAUUGAACAGAAAACAAGGAGAGUCUUGGAAGUGGACCAAUGGCACCAUAUUCAAUCCUUGGUUUGAAAUUAGUGGGAAUGGAUCCUUUGCAUUUCUGAAUGCUGACGGAGUCCGUAGUUCUAGGGGAUUUAUUGAUAUCAAGUGGAUUUGCAGCAAACCUAAGUUUUAAUAGAGCAAAGAACUGAAAAAUGACUGUGGUACAUCUAAUGGCUAUCCCGUGGAUUAGGAGAUUAUAGGGAAUGCAUUGCAAAGCAGAACACUGCUUUCUGGCCGUGCUGAAAACAGUUUAUCUAGUUAAUGUAUACCCAGGGGGGACACUACACUUUUCUCAUCUAGUUAAUGUGUAUCUAGGGGUUAAGUCCUGCGUAUGCUCAUAAAUUCUUUAGACCGUGGUAUCACACGGAAUAUUUUAUCCUAUCUUAGCUUGUUUUCUGCACAUUUUUGAUAUGUUUGUUCUGGCACGUAGCCCACUGAUGUAUUGCACAU